AUGAGGCUGAUCAACAAACUGAACGAAGCACAGGACAUCACGCUCCAACAAAUCGUCGAACAGUGCAACAGUCUCGUUAACCUCAAACAGGACACUGUGCUUGUAGAGCAACCAUCGUCAGUGCAGUACGUUGCUAACAAAGGUUCAUCACAGCAACAACGUCAUCCCAGCGGAGGAAACAAACAGCAGGAUCAUCCUCGUACUCCUUGCUGGUCUUGCGGUGCAAUGCACUUCCACAAAGAUUGUCCGAGUCGAAACCACAAAUGCAAAGAUUGUGGUAAAAUUGGACAUUCCGAGGGAUACUGCGCCUGUUUCACAUCAAUGGCGACCACCAGUGCUCCAGCGCAGAAGGCACCGUGGAAAAAGCAGUACAAGCGGAAGCAACAUCAGGGACAGACAUCGAAAAUAGUGACAGUCAACCAUGUCACGCAAAGAAGGAAGUUCGUCUCCGUUCAUCUCAACAACAUUCCUCAUCGACUGCAAAUUGACACCGGAUCGGACAUCACCAUCAUCUCACAUCAGGCAUGGAAGCGUAUCGGUUCUCCGGCAGUCAAACCAGCCACUUGCAAUGCUAGGACAGCGUCGGGCGAUCCGUUGCAAUUAGCGGCGGAGCUGGAGUGCAGCAUCACCAUCAAUAACGUUACGAAACAGGGGAUUGAUAUGAUGGACCUUUUUGGACUGUGGAACGAGCCAAUCACAGCGUUCUGCAACCAGAUCUGCACCACGAAGACGACAAACAUAGCAGAACUACGGUCUCGUUAUCCAGACGUCUUCAACGACAAAAUGGGGUUGUACAACAAGACAGCAGUACAACUUACGUUGAAGGGCACGCCUACACCAGUAUUUCGUGCAAAGAGACCCGUUGCGUACAUGAUGGAAGCUGUUGUUGAAGAUGAGCUGCAUCGUCUGGAAAGUCUUGGCAUCAUCAAAAAAGUGGACUUUUCUGACUGGGAGGCACCCAUCGUCGUGGUACGAAAACCGAACGGCACCGUUCGUAUUUGUGCGGAUUUCUCGACGGGGUUGAACAACGUGCUGGAGUCGAAUAAUUAUCCUUUACCACUGCCAGAGGAUAUCUUCGUGAAAAUGGCUAACUGCGUCAUUUUCAGCCACAUUGAUUUGUUGGACGCCUACCUACAAGUACCCGUAGACGAAGCAAGCCAACCAUUCCUAACCAUCAACACCCACAAGGGACUGUUUCAAUUCACACGAUUGUCACCCGGCAUCAAAUCAGCGCCAGGGGCAUUUCAAAAGUUGAUGGACACGAUGCUCGCUGGGCUCAAUAGCACCACAGGGUACCUGGACGACAUAUUAGUAGGUGGACGAAACGAAGAUGAGCAUCAGCAAAACUUACAUCUCGUGCUAAACCGUUUGCGAGAUUACGGACUUACCGUACGCAUUGAAAAAUGUAAUUUCAAUAUGCGCCAAGUCAAAUAUCUGGGACAAAUCCUUGAUGCACAAGGAAUCCGGCCAGAUCCAGAUAAAAUAGCACCAAUUAUUGACCAGUUGAUCCGUGAACCAUCGAGCUCACUGUGUUAUGUGACCAAUGCCGGACAACCUACAUCAGCCAAACAACGAUAA